UCGUUAGGAAAAAUAGAAAAUCUCGAAGGCAGGGAACCGUUAAGUUGGAAAAGAGGAGCUUAGUAAGCUUGAAAAUGGUUAGAGCGACAAGAAUAUUGAGUAAAGGACGCAAAGCUCCUGCGGAUCUAAAUUUGCUUAAAGUCUUGCAGUCUGAGAUUACGCACGAGCUCUCCUUCAAACGCUUUCAGGAUAUUCAAAAUGGUCCCGUGGGGGGUUUUACGCUGGAAUAUGAUGCACCACAGUCCCAAGAUGUGGUUUUGCGGAGGAAAUGUGAGUCAGGAGAGGAAAUUGCGGUUUCAGCUAUGCUGGGGCCAGAUACCUUUGCAAGAGAGGGUAUUUUUCCAAGGGAAGUUUUGAUGAAAGUAUGUGUAAAAAAGCCAGGGUUGAGCUCGAUGUUGCAUUUUGAUUGUGGAGUUAGUGAGAUGGAUGGUGGCAGAUCUGAGUUUGACAUCCAUAGUGCAUGUUAUCUCCAAUCAGCAACUUGUCCUGGUCCUUCAGUCUACAGAGGCCCUAUGUUCAGCACUUUGGACCGUCAGUUACAAGGUGCGCUCAAGGAAUAUCUAGUUGCCAGAGGAAUUGGAGAAAGUCUAACCAACUUCCUUCUCCUCCACUUGCAUAAAAAGGAGCAAGGCCAAUAUGUGAACUGGUUGCAAAAACUUGAAUCUUUGGUGGCUAAAGGCGAGUGACAUAUAUGAGAUAUCGGUGAAGGGUUUACGUUAUAAAUUUUAUUUCUUUUAACAUUUGCAGCAUCCCUUUUUAUUUGAAAAGGAUUGUAGCUGAAAUUAAUUCAAACUGAGCUCAAAUUCUAAUUAUAAACCAAAAUGUUUACAUAAUCAAGAGUUGUAUCAUCAUCUCGAAAUUGGGACAUUUUUUUUCAACCCAGAGCUUAUAGUUUGCGGCAACAAGUUAC